UUCCCAUUUCCAGCUGCUGUAUUCUUGUGUCCUCUCAUGCUCACAUACUCCAGUGCUCCUUUGUUUCCUGUGUUGUAUCCUCAAUUUGUCCUAUGCAUGUGGAGGUGCUAACUGGUGGUACUGGGCUCAGUAAAUCUGUCUGCCAGAUCUUUAUUAAGCUUAUAUGGCAGUGACAUUGGAGUGAAGCAGUCCUGAUUUAGCCGCGGGAAUCCAAGCAUUGACCCCUUGGUGCUCCCCGGAGACCGCUUUUGAAGAGCCGCAUGUCUUUUAAUCUCCUCAUUCACUAGAAGAUGGCGGACUGCGCUCCACUAUUAGAUGAGGAACUCUCGUCCUUUGUCUUCAGUUACCUGACAGAAAACUCCGGCAGCCAGUAUGGGGAGGAGGAGGUGUGUUCGGACCGCUUGGACACAGACUUCCCUGACAUCGACCUCUCCCAGCUGGACACCAGCGACUUCGACAGCGUCAACUGCCUCAGUGAGCUGCAGUGGUGCACUGAUCAGCCAGCGGAUGCGUCGCCAGCCUCCAUCCACUACAGUACGGCAGAUGAGCUCUUCGAGAUAGAAGAGGAGAAUGCAGCACUACUGGCCGCUCUGACAGACAGUUUGGAUGGCAUGGUGGAUGCCGAGGUGGGCGGCCUCUCUGUUUUUCCAACUCUUGAGGAAGAGCCCAGUCAAGAGGAAGAGGACGAGAGGAGUCUUCCUCUGAGUGCCGAGGACUUCAGUCAGCCACUGGGGGCCGAGACAGAGGACCUAUCUCUUCUGAAGAAGUUGUUGUUGACGCCUCCCAAUGUUCCAACCGGCAUCGACGUGAAUAAAGAUGGAGUCCAAAGCCAUCGCUACAGCAACAGAAGUCUGCGCCUACGGCCAGUCAGACCUCUGACUAAGAGCGACCUCCCGUCAGAGCGGAAGCCUCGAGCCGUGCGUCCCACGAGUCGCCUGUGCACCGAACUCCACCGCCACCUCACCACGGCACAGGACACCGAGGACGCUCCGGUUCACGACACCGACGAGGGCGAGGACGAAGAGGAGGACGAGGACAGUGAGUCGGAGGAGGAUGAAGAGGAGGAAGGGGAGGAGGAGGAAGAGGAGGAGUCUUCCAGUAGCGAGGUGGAGGGCGCAGUGGCAGCGGCCGCUGGCCAUGCAGAGCCCGCUGCGCCUCAGUUCAGCUCGGAGAAAGAACUGCAGUCCGUUGUUGAGCUGAUCACGUACAUGCACACAUACUGCCUGCCCAUGCGCAAGCAGCAGGGUUGGGACCGCAAAGACAGGGACCUUUCGAGGCAGCGGACCAAACCCGACGUCCCCCGCCCAGCCAACACCAACUCUCACAGCAGAGUUGUACUGGUUAGCGCUCCUGGGACUAGUGGAAGCUUGAAUGGGACGAGCAGCAGCAGCGCCCCCAGAAGGCUUCCCUUCGCCAGGCGGAGGGAGAUAAAGGCCAACUCCCUUCUCCGUGAGCUCUUGCAGCAGAGCAGCUCCUUCGACGUGAGCAAGCCUUACAGACUGCACAGCCCACCUUACGCCCACUCACACAGUCCCAGCAGGGGCACGGCCUCUGCUCCUUCUGCCCCAGCUAAUAAAAGCCCCCCAGCCCAGUCCUUCAGCUCCAUUCACCCCAAACCAGAGUUUUGGAAAGACUCUUCCUCACUGGAGAGGAGAAACUCUUCCUCCGAGCUGCAGCAGAACCUGGAAGAGCCGGCAGAAACCAGCGGCUCUUUCUCCGUUCGCCGCUCCAGACGCCUGGCGUCCUUUCCCAGCCGCUUCGCCAAAAGGUUGCGGCCUACACGAGCAAAGGAGGAAGAGGGGAAGGAAAAGGAUGAGAAUCACACGGACAGACUCCUGCCCACCCAGGCUGGAGGGGGAACGACGACGGAGGCGCAGCCAGAAAAACUGACAUCUAACGAUGGCAGCAAUCCCUCUGAGCUGACCAAAUCCUGCUGCCAUGAAAAGCGAGCCUGUCUCUGUCUGCCCCUCAACCCAAAGUCCACAGGAGAGCCCCAGUUCAGCACCAGGCCUUAUGAGCAGACGCUCAGUGUGGAUCUGUGUGGAACAGCAGGUCUCACCCCUCCAACCACUCCACCUCACAAAUCUGUAGAGGAUGAGCUCUUUAAACCCACAGAGGGAGGAAAAGGCGGCGGCGGCAGUGAUGGUGGAGGUGGCAGUGAGUCUGUCCACCCGGCUUCAAAUGCUAACACCAACGUUACCGCGAAGGGCUCAACCUGGCUGAGUCGCUCCCACCACCAGAGGAAGCUUCCGGAGCAGACCGAGCUUUACGCCCAGCUGCGGCGCAUGGGUCAGGCCGGAGAGGGCGACACCCAGCGCACCUUCGGUGACCACGACUACUGCGCGCUUAGUCUCGGGGAGAGCCGCAAGCGCAGCUCUGCCAUCCUUGGCGCCAUACUCCAGACCCAGGGGGGCAGUGAGGGAGAUGGCACCCACUCAACCAGUGUGGUGGAUAAUCAGGUUUUAGGUGAAAAGGUCCAAGAGAGCGAAGAGGAGCGCCUUGUGAUGACAGAAGUGGUAGAAACGACAAUGGUGUUAUCAUCAUCACCGCCAUCAGACUGCCAGUCAAUUGCUGCAACGCCUCCAGUUUCUGAGGAAGAGGCGGAGCGCUUGUCGGCGUCUCGCUCUCCCUCACCCAUCCUUCACAUGUGUCCUGACUCUCCCUCCAGCAAGACAGACUCCAGUGAGAACUCGGAGAGCUGUACCGACGACAACCAGGAGAACAAGGACAAUUCUGACGAGGAUAACUGCCAGGUGUUUUACAUCCAUAACCUACCAAGCCGAGUGACCGAGAACAUGCUGAGGAGACGCUUCCAAGUUUUUGGCAAUGCAGAGGACUGCAAAGUCAUCAUCUGCAACGAGGAGCGCUGCGGAGUGAUAAAGAUACGUCAGUCGGGGCCUCAGAGACAUCGCAAAGAACGAGAGAUUGUUUUCCAGAAUGCACCUCCAGGCCUAAGGAGGCUAACAAGGAAACGCUACAUAGACCUUGAUGAGGCUGGCCCUGGCCCUGUCAAGAGUAAGUAUGAUGCACUGGACUUUGACACUCUGCUGAAGGAGGCCCAGAAGUCUCUGCACCGUUGACAGUCCAGCAUUGCUGGCUGGCCAGCCUUAGUAAACUGCAGCAGAACCCCGCUGACAACAAGGCUCUGCCCACAGUACCUCCGUGCAAGGCAACCUCGCAAAAUGUUUACAUUUUUACUGUUGGAAUAACGUAACAAGGACCUUGAUUUUUUAAGUCUCUUUCACCGGAGCAUACUGCUAAAAAACAAGGAAGUCACCGCGAGGAGUUAAGAGACGGGAGGGAGAAAAAGGGACUUUAAACAGCAAUGGUACAACAGCUAAAAACAACAAUGAUACAGUUCUCUGAACAAAGGUAACAACAAAGCUGCUUCCUGUCUGUACUGGUGUCGUCUUUGCCCUGCCUUGGAAGAACGGGCAUAAAAAACCUGUAGCAAAUCCUUGCUAUCCCUGCGUUGCGUUGGUCGUUGUAGUGUGUGUCGUUGCGUGUGCGUGUCCUUCACUCUGUUUUGUAAGCAAAAAAAACAAAAACAAAAGAGAAAAGAGAAAACCUCCCUUUUUUCUGGUCACAAAUGGUGAACCUGCAGGCUGCGUUUGCUUGUCUGGUCAUAUAACCAGGACGUGAAAAAAAAGUCUGUUUUGUUUUAGCGAAUAAUUGUGUAUGUUAUAAAUUUUUAAACUUACUCUGUGUGAGUGCGUGUUUGUGUGAAUGUGUGUGUUUGUGUGUGUGUCUCAUGGACAAAGUAUAUAACAAACACAUUACUUAAUGUAAUCAACGGAUGACUGAUAAAAGUUUACAAACCUAAAAUGAAGAAAAAAAGUCAUGUUUUCUUUUUUGUAAUUGUAGUGCUUCCUUGAUUUGAUCUAUGCACUGUAACAGAGGUAAAUGUCUCCUCUGUCCCCCCUCUGUGUCUAACUCUGCCAUGCUAAAUAUUUAGCUUCUGCUACUGGCUGCUGUGGGCUUUGUUUAGUGAAUGCUUUACACACAAAGACCCUAUUUAAACUAUUUAUUUCUUAAACAUUGUUCACAACCAAUUUAGACAGAGGAAGGAAUUUUCUCUAAAACUCACUUAGCUUAAAACCAUACCAUAGAACAGAUUUACAAAUAGAUUAAGAUGGCCGUUGAUUUGGAAAAAAUUUGGAUUCUCUAAUUUAUGUUUAAAGGCAAAAAUGUGAAAAAACUGGAUUGGACUGCAACUAAAUGUCAGGUAAUUUCAGGAUUUAGAACAGUGUGAGGAAAAAAGACCACAAUUCAUAAAUUUAGCUUUAGAUUAACAGUAAAGAAUAAUAUCUCUUUUCAAUGUUUUGCUCUGUGGUAUAAAAAGCUGAUAUCAGCUGAUUAAUGAUUAGUUCGGUUGUCUCCUGAGGUAGCUAUCCUGCCAUCUGUUGCCAUCUCUCCUAGCUUGCCAACUUUAGUUUAAAGCAGAACUACUAUAAUAACAGAGAUGGUUUGGACUCAUUUAGUUGCCAUGUCAUUCUUGUCAUUGGUUUUCAUGAUCGGAAAUCUUUACAGCCAAAUUUGUCUUUGUUGUACAUGGGACAAUCGUAGUAGCUUUUUUCGGUCAGCUGACUAUCAGUGUGGGCACUUUUUCAGGAAUCUCAGUAAUAAUACUUAACACUAUAGAAACAGCUGAUAUCAGCUUACUUUUUACUGGAAAAUAACCCAUUUGUAGUUAUGAGUUUAUUGCAAGUUGAAAUCCGACUCAUUGACAGAACUAAACUAAAGGAAAGCUGGGUUAUGGGUCACAUAUCUAUUUUUAGGUAGUAAAACAAAACUCCCUUAUUUGACUCUGAGUUUAAAGAGAUUUUUAAAAAUCCUUUAAACACAUUAAGCUUGUUAACAUAGCCUUAAUUUAGACAAUAUUUUGACAAAUCCUUUAUAAAUCUUUUCAACUGCAAUGAUAUCCUGACAUGUCGGUUAUUUAUUCUAAAGGUAAAGACAAAUAAUGGUGUCAUUUGUGAGUAAAACAUUUUGUUCUCUGGAAUGUCCAUCACUUCAAUUACAUGUAGUUUAACAUGCAAUAGGAACAAGUGCAUCAAGCACGACAGGAGUUUAGCAACAUAAGGUAGUUUGUCAUUUCUGAGAUUUUUGUAAUGAGUUCAAACAUAGGAAAAGGUUUUCAUUUAUAUGGAAAUUUGGGCCAAUAUUAAUAUAUAUAAAAAUAUCUGUGCAAAUAAACCAGACAAACAUUUAUAGAUAUACGGGAAAAAUACAAAAAAAUUCUGUAAAACCUCCUUCCUCACCGCCUGCUUGCAUGUUCCAGCCAUGCAAGGUGUUCUCUAUACCAGUUCAUUUCAAUACAAUCAUCUAUUGAGUUAAUACUGAAUACAACACAAAGUAGUGGUCUUUAAAGAUAUUGUGUUUAUUUAGGGUUAUUGAACUGUUUGGUUUUAUAAGCACAAAAUGCAUUACCCAUUAAUACACUAAGGUCACAGAUGGAGCAGGAAUGUAUUUUAAGAAGCUGAAUGUAAUCAUCGUGUUGUCCCCACACAAAGAUUGUGGAGCGAUGUGGUGCUUCAAAAGAUGGGUUUGCUUGGUAACUUCAGACUGGAUCUGGUUAGCAGCUAGUUUACAUUCCAGCAGCAGCCAGCAGCAGCAUGCCUUGAAAAACUUAAGAGAGUCUCUGAAUCCUGCCAAUCUGGUGGCAUCAACUCCCCACCAACAAUGCAGCCAGGGAGCUGGCAAGGAAUCAGCUGAUUAAGAACUAAGAAAGUAACCGGCUGAGAAUUCGAUUUCUCGUCAUCUACCGGGUCAGAUGAGCGUCUCUACCUCACAUCCCUUCAUCCAGGUCCUGACCGUCUUUGUGUUUAGCGGUUCUCCUGAACGCUCUCCCUCCUCCUCUAUUAUCACAGCAUCAAAAGUUUGUUUUCUUGAAGAUUAAAGCUUUCACAGCUGAUGAGGGGUGUAGGGUGUUAUAAGGGGUGUAGGUUUAGUUUUCUAAGCUCCUUGUAACGGAGGUGAUCUCUGUUUGUGGUCUGUCCUCCGCUUGCCUCAUAACAGUGUCCGUUUGUUGGAGUCUCAACGUUGUAUCCUCGUGUAAUUGAAUGUUUUGUCUUUGUCUCGUGUUUGAGUUGGACACUGCUGGCGCUUACGGGUCAGCGAGAGGUCGAACAGCAAUCUGGUGGACUGGUUGUUCCUUGUGUGCGCUUCAUUGGUGAAGAUUCAAUUCAAAAUCUUCUCCAACUGCACUCGUUUUCAUGUUGUCUUCAAGGAAGUGCCACUCCCCCUGUUUUUAUCUGCUCACCCUCUCCUUGCCUAGGACAUCCAGUAAAAACGCAGCCUAACUCUUUCUCCAUCCCUAACUUCUCUCUUUGUGGGUUCAAGGCCUCAUCUUCUCCAGGUCUCCCCUCACAAAGUUCCCACUUUUUACCAGAUAAUCUCCCCGUCCCGGUUCUUGUCUUUUCUAUCUAAACCACAUCUUGGCAACACACACACACAUACACAAAAAAAUUGAAUGUUUACAUCACUUGUUUCUCCUUUGACUUUAUUAGGAACGCACACUAAGUACAAAGGCGCCUUAUUCAGUGCUUAAAAAUGAAAUAACAGCAAGUCAAGAUUCUGGAGUGGAUGCCUUCCCCUCCAGGCUCACAGAUGUCCAAAACUAACACUUUAGUGCUAUACAUACUGAUUGAAAACAAGGUGUCGUCUGUUAAAAAGGACAAAAAAACAACAACUUGUGAACUGAGUAAGGUUUUGUGCUUAGUAUGUAUACUACUAAAAAGUGAGAGAAUGUGCUGGUUUACAUGUUAAAAAGAUAAUAUAUGAAUAUAUAAUGUGUAUAUAGCACUAUGCCUCAUUGUAAACAUGAAAUUUAUUGUGUGUUUUUAUUUUAUUUAAUUUUUUGGUGGUGGGUCACACUUGAUUACUAAUAAGACAGGAGAUUUCAGGUCUGUUUUGUUUCAGUAUGUUAAUUUUGUUCAGAGGAAAUGAAGGGAAAAUCCCAACUUCACACAAAGUCCAACACAACACUGUAGCAAAAAGGAAAAAAAAAAAACAACAAAUGAAAAGGCAUCACCAUAGAUAAUCACGCUAGAAGGCUGUAUUUUGUAUCCUAAUGUGGAUUUUGUUUUCCUUGUUUUCUUAAAAAGCAAUUUUCCGAUGCAAUACGUAAUAAUCUCAAGACAGCCUUUGUGAAAAACGGAGGUAAUAAUGUACAGUGUGUGGUUGAUUGUUGAGCUAUUACCUGGGCAACUGUUGAGCUGCGGAUUAAAUAGGCUGCUGUACUGUAUGUAGACUGCCAUUUUAAAAAUAAUCUACAGGAAGAAUGUGGUCAGAAAAGCAGAUAAACGGAACACGCUGAUCUAACGUUCUCACUGCACAAAUCGUCCUAAUUGGUGAACUACCUUCACUGUAUUUUCUUCUUGUAAGCUGUUGUAACUAUAUUAUUACCACCUUUUGAUGGUGCACAGAUUUGGUUUGAAUCAGAGUUGCUUAAAGCACUUACUUUACAGCCAAUAACUAUACAGUUCAUGUAUAUCUCUGGUAAAGGAAUGUGGCAGGGAGGUGUUGAAGAAAAGCUGGUAAAUAUUUUCCAACAGCCGAUGUUGGCACUGUAGAAAUCCUAGUUUCACUGCUGCACCUUACUUUGGAUCGGAAAAAGGUCGACAUGGGAGGGUGCAUUCUUCUUGAAAACCAUUCAGGCAAUUAUCCAGUUCAGGUUUCCUUGCAGAUGACCAGUGGAUAACGUAAAAGAGAAGUAUACUCUGUCUUUUCAUGUAAAUUAAAGUUCAACCUUGAGCCUGCAGUACUGCUAUGGUUUCUACAGUGACUGCCUCUGUGCCUGUGAGGCUUUUCAAGGGUUAAAUGAAAUCGGAUCAAUCCCAUGUCUAACAUGGCAAGCCUUAAAAAUCAGUUUGGGGGGAAACUAAGCUAUCAUUAGCUUUUAAUAUUACUAUUUAAACUUCUUUCCAAUCCAACGUGGUUUAUUAUUAAAUAAUUACUGACGUAAUUUUUUCAAUAGCCAUAUUAUAAAAAAAGGUAUAUACAUAUAUAUGAAUAUAUAUAUAUAUAUUUGUGUGUUUGUGUAGAUAUCUAGAUUAUUAUAUACUUUCUUAUAGAAAACUUUGAUGUGGGUCAUUCUUCGCAGUGUUUUGAGAACACGUUGACACAUUUCAACAUUAAUAACUGCUGUCUAUUUGGUCUAGGUGUUAGGUCAAUAGGCAGCGAAUCCAAAUAAAUAAAUAAAAAAAACAUAUUUAAAAAAAAAAAAACCUUCCAAAGGGAAUUACCCUCAUAAGAAUGCAAUAUCUUUCUUUCCACUCUUCAUUUCAGAAAAAAAUGGAAAAUGGUGAGAAAACAAACUUCUUAAUAGGCAAGCUGACCAAAAAAAAA